GAAACAUAAAUAGAUAUAAGACGCAAGCUCUUCCCCAUUGUUAGAAUCUGAAUACUGUGAGAGGAAGCACGAUGGCUUCCCUCCACCGGCCGCUCUCCGCCAUGGCGGUCGCCGCCUUCGCCGCGGUCUCCUCCAUCGAGCUGCCCGACAGGCUGUCCCACCACCACAGGCUCGUCGAGGCCAGCACGGACGCCGUCGUAUCACUUCCUCCAGCCAGCAAACUAGAAGCCUCAGCGCCGUCCGUUGCACCGCUCUCCGGCCUGCACUUCUUCCCUCGGAACCACCACCGGGGUUUCUGCCUACCCAAGGCGCCUGUCGCGUCCUUGCCGGUCAUCAACACGGUGCACCAGUACGCGGGGCUCGCCAAGGCCUUGGAGGGCGCAGCGGCCGCGGUCCCUUCCUCCUCCUCGCCGGAUGUCCUGUACCGCUGGCAUCUGCCGGACCCUGCCACGUGCAGUGAUGACUCGUCGCACGACAGGUCCCAGACGGUGGUGGUCCUUCUUGGGUGGCUGGGCUCCAAGCAGAAGCACCUCAAGAGGUACGCCGACUGGUACACCUCCAGGGGUUUCCAGGUGGUCACCUUCACGCUCCCCAUGUCGGACAUCGUCAGCUAUAAUGUGGGUGGGAAGGCGGAGAGGAAUGUGGAGAUGCUGUCUGAACAUCUCGCUGAUUGGGUCAGGGAGGAGGAUGGGAAGAAGAUUGUCUUCCACACUUUCAGUAACACUGGCUGGCUUUGCUAUGGUGUGAUACUGGAGAAUUUGCAGCGGCAAGAUCCUUCAGCACUGCAGAAAAUUAAGGGUUCCAUAAUCGAUUCAGCGCCUGUUGCUGUCCCUGAUUCUCAGGUUUGGGCUCUUGGUUUCUCGGCUGCUAUCAUGAAAAAACACAGCGUAGCCACAAAAGGAGCUGCACCAAGCGAUACAAGGUCUGACGUCCUAGUUGUGGAGUCUCACAGAGAUAUUAAACCUGCAGCCACGGAGGCCGUUCUACUAUCUGCAUUGGAAAAGUUUUUCAAUGUUGUUCUGAACUAUCCAGCCAUAAAUAGGAGGUUGUCUGGUGUUAUGGAGCUUUUGUCCUCGAACCAACCAAACUGCCCUCAGCUGUACAUGUACAGCUCGGCUGACCGGGUGAUCCCGGCAAAGUCGGUGGAGUCAUUCGUGGAGAGCCAACAACGAAGAGCGGAGCGUGAGGUGAGGUCGUGCGACUUCGUGUCCUCCCCUCAUGUCGACCAUUACCGCAGCAAUCCGGGGCUCUACACCUCUCAGCUGACCAGCUUCCUGGAGGACUGUGUGCUGACCUGUCGGCGGGAGGACUCCCCUUCGCCGUUGCUGCCGACUGCGUAG